AUGCUCCAUCUGCCUCCCUCCUCAGUGCUGGAGCAGCUGCUCCCCGAGCUCACAGGGCUGCUCAGCCUCCUGGACCACGAGUACCUCAGCGACACCACCCUGGAGAAGAAGAUGGCCGUGGCCUCCAUCCUGCAGAGCCUGCAGCCCCUCCCAGCAAAAGAAGUCUCCUACCUGUACGUGAACACAGCUGACCUCCACUCCGGGCCCAGCUUCGUGGAGUCCCUCUUUGAAGAAUUUGACUGUGACCUGAGUGACCUUCGGGACAUGCCAGAGGACGAUGGGGACCCCGGCAAAGGAGCCAGCCCUGAGCCAGCCAAGAGCCCAUCUCUGAGACAUGCAGCCGACCUGCCUCCACCGCUCCCCAAUAGGCCUCCACCAGAGGAUUACUAUGAGGAGGCCCUUCCCCUAGGGCCGGGCAAGUCCCCCGAGUACAUCAGCUCCCACAGUGCGGCUCUUACUGGCAAUCCCACAGACGGCUGCAGCCCAGCCCACUCCAUCGUGGAUGGCUACUACGAGGACGCAGACAGCAGCUACCCCACGACCAGGAUGAAUGGGGAGCUGAAGAACUCCUACAAUGACUCUGACGCAAUGAGCAGCUCCUACGAGUCCUAUGACGAGGAGGAAGAGGAAGGGAAGGGGCCGCAGCCCACGCACCAGUGGCCCUCGGAGGAGGCCUCCAUGCACCUGGUGAGGGACUGCAGGAUAUGUGCCUUCCUGCUGCGGAAAAAGCGCUUCGGGCAGUGGGCCAAGCAGCUGACCGUCAUCAAGGAAGACCAGCUCCUGUGUUACAAAAGCUCCAAGGACCGGCAGCCACAUCUGAGGCUGGCGCUGGAUGUCUGCGGCGUCAUCUACGUGCCCAAGGACAGCCGGCACAAGAGGCACGAGCUGCGCUUCUCGCAGGGGGCCACUGAGGUCUUGGUGCUGGCACUGCAGAGCCGGGAGCAGGCCGAGGAGUGGCUGAAGGUCAUCCGAGAGGUGAACAAGCCCAUCGGGGGAACCGAGGGGGCAGACGUGCCCAGAUCCCCAGUCCUCCCGUGCAAGCUGGACCUAGACAAGAGACUGUCCCAAGAGAAGCAGACCUCAGACUCCGACAGCCUGGGCAUGGGUGACAACUGUUCCACCCUCGGCCACCGGGAGGCCUGUGAACAUGCAACAGGCAAAGGGAAGAAGAGCAGCCUGGCAGAGCUGAAGGGCUCAAUGAGCAGGGCUGCAGGCCGCAAGAUCACCCGCAUCAUCGGCUUCUCCAAGAAGAAGGUGCUGGCUGAUGACGUGCAGAUGCCCUCCACCGAGGAGGUUCCAUGCUGUGGCUAUCUGAACGUGCUGGUGAACCAGGGCUGGAAGGAACGCUGGUGCCGCCUGAAUGGCAACACUCUGUAUUUCCACAAGGACCGCACAGACCUGCGGACCCACGUGAACGCCAUCGCCCUCCGUGGCUGUGAGGUGGCCCCGGGCUUUGGGCCCAGACACCCAUUUGCCUUCAGGAUUCUGCGCAACCGGCAAGAGGUCACCAUCUUGGAGGCAAACUGCUCAGAGGACAUGGGCCGCUGGCUGGGGCUGCUGCUGGUGGAGAUGGGCUCCAAAGUGACUCCCGAGGCGCUGCACUAUGACUACGUGGACGUGGAGACCUUGACCAGCAUCGUCAGCGCGGGGCGCAACUCCUUCCUAUAUGCAAGAUCCUGCCAGGAUCAAUGGCCUGAGCCCCGUGUCUAUGAUGAUGUUCCUUAUGAAAAGAUGCAGGACCAGGAGCCUGAGCGUCCCGCUGCGGCCCACGUGAAGCGCCACGCCUCCUCGUGCAGUGAGAAGUCCCAUCGGGUGGACCCUCAGGUCAAGGUGAAGCGCCACGCCUCCAGUGCCAAUCAAUACAAGUACGGUAAGAACAGAGCUGAGGAGGAUGCCCGGAGGUACCUGGUAGAAAAAGAGAAGCUGGAGAAAGAGAAAGAGACGAUCCGGACCGAGCUGAUGGCACUGAGGCAGGAGAAGAGGGAGCUGAAGGAAGCCAUUCGGAGCAGCCCAGGAGCAAAGGUAAAGGUUCUGGAGGAGGCGGUGGCCGCCCUGGAAGCUCAGUGUCGGGGGAAGGAGGAGCGCCGGAUCGACCUGGAGCUGCGGCUGGUGGCUGUGAAGGAACGCUUGCAGCAGUCCCUGGCAGGGGGCCCGGCCCUGGGGCUCUCCGUGAGCAGCAAGAAGAAGAGUGGGGAAACUGCAAAUAAACCCCAGAACAACGCCCCAGAGCAACCUCUCCCUGUCAACUGUGUUUCUGAGCUGAGGAAGAGGAGCCCACCCAUCGUAACCUUCAACCAAGGAAGGGUACUGCAGAAAGCCAAGGAAUGGGAAAUGAAGAAGACCUAGAAAGAGGAUGAGGAUUUCAUUCCAAAGGAAAUACCAGAUUGUCCAUCUAAGGCAGAAAUGCUUUUUUCACAAGGAGAUACCAGAAGACUGGAAGUAGUCUCUACUCUCCGGGGCACCCAAAAGACCAGCCUUUACUGUCUGCAUGAUUAUAGGGGAAUUGGGGAGGGAAGAGGUAGAAGGGAAGAGGGAAAUGGAGGGCGUCCUUAUAACUUUACAGAGGGUGGAAAAUGGGGGUGGAGGGAGAUAGAAAUCUGCACUGUUGUAAAGGUUUUGUUAAAUGUCUUGGCCUUCCCUUCUGAGGAAGAAAUGAAAGCACAUGUGAAUAAGCCAUUCCAUCCCAUUCUCAGCAUCCCAUUCCCAGUCCUUAGGGCAGAGGAAGGCAGUGCUGAAGCAUCGUGGUGCAGGGCGAAGAGAAGAAACUUGGUCAUUCGAUCACAUCUGCGCCAACUGGAUUCAUGUUGGGCAUUACUGACCACCUCUGGGCAAGACAAAUAGGCUGAAAAAUCAAUAGAAUUAUCCCUGGCCGCAUAAAGGUGAACAAAAGCUAUAGAAACAAGCAAAUUCUACAAUCAUUCCUUAUUCGCUUUAGAACUCAGCAGAUGCAGCUACCGGAACCCCAGAUUUGAAUUGUUUUCAAAUCAGAGAUCUGAGUAUGCAGCAGGCAAAGAGAGGUUCAGCAGCUGACAUAAUUUAACCUCACAGUGAUACUCAGUGACAGCAUGGAUGUCUAAUGUUCACAGAAUGUUGUAGGCUUUGUAGGGUGAGGUUAUUUGCUGUCAGUCAAGUCCUUUAUCUAUUUUAUAUGACAUUCAGGCUCCAGGAGCUAUGGUUAGAAAUCCAGGUGACACUCUUUAUGUCUUUAUCUUUAUCUUGCACUCCGAGGCCCACCAGUCUGCCCUUCCGUAUCUGUUGUCAAGUAAAACUAUCAGGGAGAACCAAGAGGAUGGUGGCUCACUUCUGCCAUGUGGGUGCUAAGCCUUUUAUAAACACUUGACACUGUUAUAGGGGAGCAAGGACCUCAAGUCCUAGGCAGUCUCCUUGCUGUGCCACUCAGUACUUUCUCAUCACUGUAGGCACUUUAUAGGUCGUUACCACAUUUCCCUCCAAUAAAGAAAAAACCAUUCAACUGGAAUUGCUCAGAGGUUAGCUCAAGGGGAGAGAAGAGAAAUCCCAGAAUAACCUCUGGGCACUUCAAUAGAGGCUUCACAUACCUUACCCUACCGAAGAAGGCUUUACAUACUUGAGCCUCAUCCAAACUUUGCCACCCUCUGAGGUAGCUGGAGACCACAGCAAGGAAAGUAAUCUGACCAAAAGCACUCAGCUGGUCAGUGGCAAAGCAUAAGGCUUAGGGUUUAUGAACCGGGAUCCAGACAGGGCUGGGUUGAGCCCUGCCUCUGCCACUUACCAGCUGUGACUUCGGGAAAGUCACUUGACCUCUCUGAUUCUUGUUUUCCUUACCUAUGAAGACUGGGUUAACAAUUAUACUUUCCUCCCAAGACUGUUAGGGUAAUUCAAUGAGAUGAUAAUAUAUGGGAAGCAUCUUGCACAGUGUCCAAGAAAUAGGAAAUGCCCAGUCAAGUGGUUCUUCUUAUUAACUAGAUAGGAAAUGUCUGACUCAAAAUCCUGUGUUCUUUCUACUGAUGAAGAAAUGACUUUUUCUUGGUAACCACCAAAAGCUAAAAGGCAACCAAUCCAUAACUGACCAUUUUCAUCCAGAUUCCACUUGAGUGUCUUCAAUGACAAAGGAGCUGACAUAGUCUGGAUUGUCAAUGUUGUUUUUUAAAAUAUGGAUCCUGGAAUGGCCCCCAACAAUGUCCUCAGCGUGUGUCACAUUCUCUCUCAUGCAGUUAUUUUAAGAUUAACUGUCUUUUCCCUCCAAUAGAUCUUGGACUCUUUGAGAGCUCGGACCUUAGGAAAUCAAUAAUUAUCAUUUAUUGAGCACUCACCGUGCAUCAGGCACUGUGUUAGCCAGGGCCAGCUUCACAGGCAUGCA